AUGACAGUAGAGCAGUAUGAUGCGGAGUUUGACAUGUUAUCCCGCUUCGCUCUCGAGAUGAUAGCAACUGAGGUGGCCAGAGCUGAUGAGUUUGUUAGAGGCCUCAGGAGGCGGCUAUUUAAUAUUAUAAAUGAUAUGCCAACUGUAUUUGAAGUGGUCACCAAUAUUGCAAAGCAACAAGUUAAGGAAAAAUCAUCAACUGCAAAUGGUAGCAAAUCCAAGUCAAGUUUUAAAUCGAGUGAAGCUGAAAUGCAAGGAACAUGCGCAAGGCAGUCGCAGGCAAGGAAAGAGAUAGAGACGUAUGAAGAAGAUAAAGACGAGCACAGUGACAUCUUAUGUAGGGCAUGCGGUGAGAACUAUGCUUCAGAUGAAUUUUGGAUUUGUUGUGAUAUCUAUGAGAAAUGGUUCCAUGGGAAAUUUGUUGUAUGA